AUGCAUAUUCAAAUCUGGCACCAACCUCAGCCUGAUGAGCGUCGCUCUAGGCAGAUGCCUCCCGUCUCUAAGAAGACAUCGGCACGCCCUACUACAGACAACACUACUCGUCAACAACAACCACAACAACAACAAAAGCAUCACCACCAACAACAACAACACCAACAUGUUGUUCCCAGUCCUCUCAAGCCCCAGUUCCACUCGCGAAAAUGCCACCACACAUACAACGCAACUCGCCACCUUCCCAAGGCAGUCUGGAUCCGCGCAAUUCGCCUUAGCAAAGAGAACCCCUCAACUGUUUUGUAUGAGAUCGUCCUUUGCUACGAACACAACAGGGCCUGCACCAUCAACCGCUCCUGGGAGGACUUCCAGAAGCUGAAGUCCGGGCUGGGCAGCUGGCGCAACGCGCCGACCUUCUGCUCGCCCAAGGACAUCGACGGCCUGCAGAACUACCUCUGCGAGGCUAUCAACAAGAAGGGCCGGGAGGUCGCCAUGGAAUUCUUCCUGCGCAGGAGGAUGGACGACUGUGGGGGACCCUGA